CCAACUCUCUCUCGUCUCUCUGCCGCUGAACUGAACCAAACCCCUUCACCGUCCCCAGAGGCCAUGAAAUUUAUGUCGUAAAAGACGCACAGAAACCCUAAAAAGUAUCUUAAGAAUCCUAGCAAUGGCAGCUUCUGUUGCUGCUGCCUCUAUCAUUCCACUACCGGAGUUCGCGUUUCUCCGUCCGGAAACCAGUCAAAAGAUUAGAAUUCCUCUGUCCAAACUUCAGUUUCAGAACUCUAGGUAUAAUCUAUUUCUUCGGAUUCGAUUCAGAGCGGUUCAGGAAGAACGGAUCGCAGUUCUCAAGGAACAGAAGAGAAAUGAUUUGUUGGGAGAUGAAGUGAAUGGCUUCAACCUGAACGGUAACAGAAGUGGCUUCGGUUAUAAUGGAUCGGUUCCUAGCUCCAACGGCAGUGCCAAUGUUGUUUUGGAUGAAAAUGGAACGAGUAAUGGGAGUUUGGUGAAAUAUGCUGGCGGGAACGGCGCUGCAACAAAAACGGUGGAAGGAGAAGUUUCCAGUUGUAAGUCGGAGGAGAGGAGGAAAAAGAAGGUGGAAGAGAUAGGGAAAGAAGAAGCCUGGUUUAAGCAAUCUGGACGAGAUAAUAUACAGGUCUCUGUUGCACCAGGUGGCCGUUGGAAUAGAUUCAAGACCUAUUCAACAAUACAGAGGACCUUAGAAAUAUGGAGUUCUGUUCUAACAUUUCUCUUUAAGGCAUGGCUAAUUAACCAGAAGUUCAUGUAUCGAGGAGGAAUGACUGAGCAGAAAAAAAUUCUAAAGUGGAAAGCCCUUGCCAAGUGGUUAAAGGAAAGUAUUUUGAGAUUGGGCCCCACAUUCAUAAAAAUUGGCCAGCAGUUCUCCACAAGGGUGGACAUUCUCGCCCAGGAAUAUGUUGAUCGGUUGUCUGAACUUCAGGAUCAAGUUCCUCCUUUCUCAUCCGAAAUAGCUGUGUCUAUAAUUGAAGAAGAGCUUGGAGCCCCUGUUAAUGAUAUUUUUGAUCGGUUUGAUUAUGAGCCCAUAGCUGCUGCUAGUCUUGGCCAGGUUCACCGUGCAAGACUGAAGGGGCUGGAAGUCGUUGUUAAAGUACAAAGACCUGGUCUCAAGGAUCUUUUUGAUAUUGAUUUUAAAAACCUGAGGGUAAUAGCAGAAUAUCUUCAAAAGCCUGACCCCAAAUCAGAUGGCGCAAAGAGAGACUGGGUUGCUAUCUACGAUGAAUGUGCACGUGUCCUGUAUCAGGAGAUUGAUUAUACCAAGGAAGCGGAAAAUGCAGAAUUAUUUGCAAAUAACUUUAAAGGCAUGGCUUAUGUAAAAGUCCCAACAAUAUACUGGGAGUACACUACACCACAGGUUCUAACAAUGGAGUAUGUCCCUGGUAUAAAAAUAAAUAGGAUAAAAGCGUUAGAUCAGUUGGGUGUUGACCGCCAAAGGUUAAGUCGCUAUGCUGUUGAGUCUUACUUGGAACAGAUUUUAUCUCAUGGUUUUUUCCAUGCCGACCCACAUCCUGGAAACAUUGCUGUGGAUGAUGUGAAUGGGGGAUGGCUUAUAUUUUAUGACUUUGGAAUGAUGGGAAGUAUCAGUCCAAAUAUCCGGGAGGGCUUACUAGAAGUAUUCUAUGGAGUUUAUGAGAAGGAUCCAGAUAAGGUGCUUCAAGCCAUGAUUCAGAUAGUUGUUCUCGUGCCUACUGGAGAUAUGACAGCUGUCAGAAGAACGGCACAGUUCUUUCUCAAUAGGUGCUUUCAGACAUUUCAAGACUUUAAGAAGAGAUGGGAUCGACAAUCCUGUGCAUUCUACAACGUAUUUAGACUGGCAGAUAGAGUUGAAAAGCUUGCUGAAGUCAUCCAAUUCUUGGAGCAAGGUGAUCUGAAACUUCGAGUUAGAACUUUAGAGUCUGAGAGGGCUUUCCAGCCUGUUGCAGCUGUUCAAAAGACAGUCGGAAGUGCAGUAGCUGCUGGCAGCUUCAUAAACCUUGCUACAAUCUUGUAUCUCAAUUCAAUUCGAGUGCCUGCAAUGACAGCAUAUCUGCUGUCUGCAUUUUUUACCAUUCAAGUUCUGUUCAGUAUUCUCAAGGUUAAAAAAUUAGACCAACAGGAGAGGCUGAUAACCAGAACUGCUUGAACCGCUGAUAGGUUGCAGAUUGACCUAAUGUGAAGUUAGUUGUGAAGCAACCUCACUGUUGAAACGGAAGGACAUGAGCUGAAGAAUCGCAAAUCAAGUGAGUGAAUUUUCCAAACAUUCAUGUUGGCAGAUGAAGAUGUGAGAAGUCACCACAUCAGCCACAAGGAGUUAAGUCUUGUUGAAACGGGCUUAUGGCCUUAGGUUGGUGGCAUGCUAAUCUUGGUCCUUCAUUUGAAGAUAAUCACCCAACGCUAUUUUUUGUUGGAACUUGUGGAUCAUCCCAUGAUGUAGUUGCGAAAGGAGUUAAACACUCUUGCACUUAAAUAUAUGUGAACAGGCUGAUGCUAUUAAUGACAGCUUUGAGUCCAAGUAUAGGUUUAAUCUUCUGAGAGCCUUCAUGUUCAGAAGCUUCAUUCUUUCUGAGUAAGGUGUAAUGUAUAUAUUUCCUAUGAACAGGUCAUUAUUGUAUUAUAUUAGUCACCAAUUGUAAUUUUUUGAGGAAGAAAUGUAAAAUAACUCUUCCAAUAGUGAUAAUUGAUAAUGGUAUUGUAUGCUGGAUUAUUCUCUGGCCAA